AGGUGAUUACGCAGCCAAAGAGUUGUGAGUGACGUGAGCCACAGAGAGUUCCAUUACAGUAGGAACACUUUCUCCCCGUUGGCCCAUUCAAAGCCCAUCACCCUGUCUCUUCCUCCUCCUUCUCCCGUUCCUACUAGAACCUUCCUAAUCCUAAUCAAUUCCCUCAAAUUAAACUAGGGUUUAUCUGGGGUUUAGUUUAGUUACUCCUCCCAUUUCCCAAAACCCCAAUACUCAAACCUUCCUAAUUUCUUCUUCUCAUCACCCAAAUGGUUCGCUCCCAUGGCGUUACCCUCGUUAACCGCCUUGCUCGUCGAUCUUUCCGUGAUGCCAACAACUCUGUAUGUCAAGCAGUGUUCCGACAGGGUUAUAGGACAUUGAGCUUUGGGCCUUGCAAUUCAUCUAGAGUUAUUGGUAGUUUUGCCUCCAAUGUUGGAGAUGGUGUUAAUUUGAAGAAUUGUUUGCUAUUGGGAGCGGCAAAUAAAUAUUGGGGGGCAUCUAGAUCAAUUCAUGGCUCGGCAUCAUUGGCAAGAGACUAUUAUGAUGUUCUUGGUGUGAGUAAGAAUGCAAGUUCUGCUGAAAUAAAGAAAGCUUACUAUGGGCUUGCAAAAAAGCUCCAUCCAGAUACAAACAAAGAUGAUCCUGAGGCUGAAAAGAAGUUUCAAGAAGUUUCAAUGGCAUAUGAGAUUUUGAAAGACGAGGAUAGGCGUCAACAAUAUGAUCAGCUUGGCCAUGAUGCUUAUGUAAACCAACAAAGCACUGGUUUCGGAGGUGAAGGUGGCUUUAAUCCUUUCGAGCAGAUAUUCCGUGAUCAUGAUUUUGUCAAGAGCUUCUUCCAUCAGAAUAUUGGUGGCGAGGAUGUGAAGACUUUUAUAGAACUAUCUUUUAUGGAAGCUGUACAAGGGUGCACCAAAACUUUGACAUUUCAAACUGAUCUUCUUUGUAAUGCUUGUGGUGGGAGUGGUGUUCCUCCAGGUACAAGACCUGAAACUUGUAAGCGAUGUAAAGGGUCAGGAGUGUUAUUUGUACAAGCCGGCAUAUUCAAAAUGGAGAGUACUUGUGGCACCUGUAAGGGAACUGGAAAAAUUGUAUCGAAUUUCUGCAAAUCUUGCAGGGGUGCAAAGGUUAUCAAAGGAACGAAGUCAGUCAAGUUGGAUAUUAUGCCUGGGAUAGACAGCAACGAGACCAUAAAGGUAUAUAGAAGUGGUGGAGCAGAUCCUGACGGAGAUCACCCAGGUGAUCUUUAUGUUACUAUCAAGGUUAGAGAAGACCCUGUUUUUCGCAGAGAAGGAUCCGAUAUUCAUGUAGAUGCUGUUUUAAGUAUCACUCAGGCGAUUUUGGGUGGAACUAUUCAAGUCCCUACUCUUUCAGGAGAUGUUGUUCUCAAGGUCCGCCCAGGCACCCAACCUGGUCAGAAAGUGGUUUUGAAAAAGAAAGGGAUCAAGACAAAAAAUUCUUACACAUUUGGGGAUCAAUAUGUUCAUUUUAAUGUCAACAUCCCAACAAACCUGACACAGAGACAACGUGAAUUAAUUGAAGAGUUUGCCAAGGAAGAACAAGAAGAAUUUGAUAAACGGAGAGCUGCUUCAGCUUCUGGUUGAAAACAUUUGCAGAAUCUCCACUAUUUGUUUAUUGCCAAGUCCACCCACUUGCGAUUAGAAGUUUUGUAGUAGCAUUAAAAGUUCAUCUUUUUCCCCCCCUUUAUUUAGUCAUAAGUGAUGUUCAAAAUUCAAUUUUAAAGGAUAGUAUUUAGAAAACAGUUCCCUUAUGCAUAUGCAUCAGUUCAAAUCACAAACUGUAACAUCUUCAUUUUUUUUUCUUCUUCAGGUUCCAAUAUUUGUUAUGACCAUUAAUAUAUUAAUAUAUAUAUAUAUACACACGA